CUCACGAUUGAUUAUAAAUUAUUAGCAAACUAUGAAAAACAAUGUAAGAGUCGUACUGAAAACAUAGAUAAAUGGGAUUGCAAAAUCAUCCUUUAAAUUCUUCUGAUGCUCCUUCUCCAGACAUGAUGUUACCCCAAAGCAAAUACAAGGCAGACAGUUAAAAUAAGGAAUUUUUGCGGAAGAAUUUACCUAAUAUUGGCAUACAAAAUAAGAGCUCAGAUUCCUCAAAGAAGGGAGGCUCACAACACAUAGUUCCAGAACUAUGAGAAACAGAGAACGUCAUUGCUCCCAGUAAAUUACUUAGGAAGAGAAAUAUUGACGUCACAACUGGGAUAAACGACAGAUUGGAUAAAAACCGUCCAGACCUCAAAGAAAUGAAAGACAGAUCUCGAAGCAAAGGAAACUCAGCAGAAGACUUCUUCCAAGCCCAGAAAGCCUUUUUGAGAUUUCAAGAGCUCAGUCAUAGCUUUCACUACGACACUGGAAAAUCAAGCGACCAAGUCCUUGUGGGAACAAGUAGCCACAUUUUUGAAAAAAAUAACGAUAAACUAUUCCCACCAGAAGAAAUUACUCAGGAUCAUACCACAGCUCCUCGGACUCGGAAAAGAUGAAAAAAGAAACAUAAUAAAAGAAGGAACCAUAGAAAACAAAAAAAUGCCAAAAUUAAGAAUCAAACCUCAUCGCCUAAGAUAAAUAUCCUCAAUAAAAGCUGUUUCAGAAGGUCGAUUACUCCACACAAAAGAUUUGAUAAUCUAGAACUUAUUUUUCAGAAGGGAGAAAACUUGUAAUCUAAAUGAUUCAAAGACAGCUAUUAAACUGCUAAAUUCAUUGUGAACUAUCUUCAAUGAGGGAGCAAAUCUAAAAUAUAUCUGCUUUAUCAAC